AUGACUGCCACUGAUGUUGUUGCACGGGGUCUUGAUGUGAAGGACAUAAAAUGCAUGGUCAAUUAUGACCUUCCAUCAAGCCUCGAAGAUUAUGUCCACAGAAUUGGUCGAACUGGUCGUGCAGGAGCUAAAGGAACUGCGUACAGUUUUUUUACCCGUGGCAAUGCCAAGUAUGCUAGGGAUUUGAUAAAGAUCUUACAAGAUGUUGGUCAAGUUGUUAGUCCUGCACUGUCUGAAUUGACUCGGUCUGCUGGUUUUGGUCAACAUGCAUCAAGAGGAGGUUUUCGCUCUAGAGGACAUGGAGGAGGCUAUGGCAAUCGGGGUUCAACAGGAUCCAAUGACAUUCCUGUAGGCGGGAAGAGGCCGUGGCAGUAUGUGUAA